UUAACUAAUUGCUAGAAGAUGAAGCAAUUUCUGGAGAAAUUUUUCCCAGAAGUAUACAUGAAGAUGAAGCAAGAGACCAAGAUUAGCAAUUUCAUAGCCAGCUCCUAAUCAAUAGAAAAUUGAGGCUCGGUGUGGUCCUAACUAGUAAGUAUACAAUAUGUGGACAUUAUAAAACAGCUUUAAUUUUUAAUAGAAUUAUAGAAAAAUUAAAUACAGAUAGCCUUCUACUGUGCUAUGAGAAUAGCAAUAAUAGUGUUCAGCGUAACAAAAACUGUUCCCAAUUGAACUAUUAUGUUCAGCAAAACUAAUGCAAUUAUAUGCUUAUCAGUGUUUAAAACUUUAUGUUCAUAUAAGAAUUCCUGGCAGUUUUAUUUUUUAACAGAUGAGAUAUUAACGGUGAUGUUUUCAGUCAGAUUUCACUCAAGAUUAUAGAAAUUCCGAUCAUGUGUGUAAUGUUCGCAAGCACAUGUCAGUAUAUGUGUCAGCAAUAACUUAAUUAUGUUGGUCCCAUGCAUUUCUCCUCCACAAACUCAACUUAGCCAAAAUUGUACAAUUAUUAUUACAUUCAUUAAUGCUGUUGGUUUUGUCCUUCAUCAUAUCACAUAUAAAACCUUAUGCCAUCAGAGAAGAAUGCAAAUUUGAUAUUGCUAACUAGAUUUGAGAUAUAAAUUACUUAAAGAUAAGAUCAACAUUAGACAAUUUUCUUCCUAGAAGACAAAAUUUAACUAACCAAAAUUCAACAGUGACAGUUAUCACAGUUGUAGUGAAAUUCAAACCAAUGUUGAGUACACAAAUCAAAAAGCACUACUUGAUUAUAAAUUAUCAUGAACCAUAUAUGAAACCUGAAUCAAUCUCUCUAAGCUUUUACCUGUCUACUAAAGAAGAGGCUAUCAAUGGCUGUUGGGUUGGCUAUAGCAAGUGAAAAUGUCCAAAGCAAUGGUAAGAUAACCACUUAUGUUCUGCUGUCUUGUAUGAUGGCUGCCAUGGGAGGUCUCCUCUUUGGCUAUGACAUUGGAAUAGCUGGUGGGGUGACCGCAAUGGAUCCAUUUCUGAAGAAGUUCUUCCACAAAGUGUACCUUCAGAAAGAAGAUGCCAAAGUCAGCAACUACUGUGUAUUUGAUAGCCAACUAUUGACCUCUUUUACAUCCUCUCUCUAUGUUGCUGGCCUUGUUACCACCUUCUUUGCUUCUUAUGUCACCAAAGCCUUUGGCCGCAAACCGUCCAUUGUGGUCGGCGGCGCCGCCUUCCUGGCCGGUACAGCUCUGGGAGGUGCAGCUUUUAAUGUGUUGAUGCUCAUAUUUGGUAGACUUUUGCUUGGAGUUGGGAUUGGUUUUGCAAACCAGGCUGUUCCUUUGUAUCUAUCAGAAAUGGCACUACCACGACUAAGAGGAGCGAUUAGCAAUGGCUUCCAGUUAAGCGUUUGCUUUGGUAGUGUGUUUGCUACCUUAGUCAACUAUGGAACAGACAAGAUUAAAGGUGGGUGGGGUUGGCGUGUGUCCCUAGCCAUGGCAGCAGUGCCAGCCUCAGUCCUAACAUUUGGUGCACUUUUCCUCCCUGAAACUCCCAACAGCUUAAUCCAACGCGGCCAUGACCAUCAAAAGGCCAAGUUACUACUUCAGCGAAUUCGAGGCACAGAUGAUGUGCAAGAAGAACUUGAUGGUCUUAUAAAAGCAAGUUCUUCAAAAACCGACGAGAAGCAAUCGCUUAAGAUAAUUUUGAAACGAAGAUACAGGCCUCAGCUUGUGAUGGCAAUAGCUAUGCCAUUUUUCCAGCAAAUGACAGGGAUAAACGUCAUUGGUUGCUAUGCCCCUUUACUUUAUAGGACAAUGGGGUUAGGAGAAAGUGCAUCGCUGUUUUCAGCUGUUAUCACGGGAGUUAUAGGUACUGCCUCAACAUUCAUAUCAAUGUUCAUAGUUGAUAGACUAGGACGGAGAGCCUUGUUCAUGAUUGGGGGCAUUCAAAUGAUUGCAUCACAGGUUAUAGUUGGUGGUAUAAUGGCCUUUCAUCUGAAAGAUCAUGGUGGAUUAAGCAAAGGGUACGCUUUUGUGGUUUUGAUUAUGAUAUGCAUAUAUGUUGUUGGGUUUGGCUUGUCAUGGGGGCCAUUGGGUUGGUUAGUGCCAAGUGAAAUUUUUCCUUUGGAAAUUAGAUCAGUAGGGCAAAGCAUCACAGUGGCAGUGAACCUUAUCUUCACUUUCACUGUUUCUCAGACUUUUCUGACCAUGCUUUGCCACUUCAGGUAUGGGAUUUUCUUCUUCUUUGGAGGAUGGGUGGUGGUGAUGACCAUAUUUGUGUACUAUUUUCUGCCAGAGACCAAAAGCCUGCCAAUUGAACAGAUGGAAAAAGUGUGGCAAGAACAUUGGUUUUGGAAGAGAAUAGUGACUGAAGUCAGUGAUAAAGAGCAUAAUCGUGAGAUAUCAAUAUGAUACUUCAAGGAAGUUCUAAAUCAAAUGUUCUACCGAUGUUAGCUUAAACAUUUGUCUAUGUAUCAAAUGUACUACAAAGCAAUAAAAUGGUUUUCAGUUUGGAAA